GUAUAUCCUUAAUUUAUUAUCUGUAAUAUUAUGUCUAUGUUAAGUACUCUAUGAUUAUAUCUAUUGUCUAUGUCUUCUCUUUGUCUUGUUCGUGCGUAAUAUUGUAAUGUCGAGUCAUGUCUUUGAGUCUAAAGUCUAAAUUAAUAAAGUCGUACGUAUCCAGUCAAUCAGUCUUAUUUAUUAUACCUAGCAUCAUAAUAUAUGGUGUCAGAAUUCGCAACAAAGUGAAGAAUAUAUAUAUUUUACGUCAUCUGAAAGUCAAUGGUAAUAAAAUUGAAAAUUCAAAAUGUCGAUGUCUACAAGACAAAACGUGGAAGCAUGUUCACAAAGUCACAACUUCAACAACGUACCAAAAUUAAUAAUUGCAACAAAUCAAAAUAACAAUUCUAAUUGGAAGAAAUGGUGGCAAUGUUUUGAGCUUUUUCUACUUGCUUCGGAUCUGGAAGAUGCAUCCGAGAAAAGGAAAAUAGCCAUCAUGUUACAUACAAUCGGAGAAAAAGCUAACAUGAGUUCGAGAUUAACACAUGUUCGUCAAAGAUUGUUGCAAGAAACGGACCUAACACUCGAAAAGGCUAUAUCUAUUGCUAAUAAUGUCAUUAUGGCACAACAAAAUGCUCAAACAAUGGAAAAUUCUCAAUAUUCAGAUAAUGUUUUACAUUUAUCACAGUCGUAUACAAAGUCACAGUCAAAGAAACAGUCUACGAGUAAUAACAGAAAUAAGUCAAAUAAUAAAAAUCUCCACAAUCAAAAUUUUGCUAGUCGACGCAGUCAAAGUCCAGCACCAAAGACAAGUAACAACAAUAAAUGUACUCAUUGUGGUCAAUGUUAUCAUCGUUUCAAAUGUCCUGCAUCAGGAGUAAGGUGUAAAAUAUGUCACAAGAUUGGACAUUUUGCAAAAUAUUGUUUUUCCAAUCGAUCUAACAUUAGAUCUGUAGAAUCGUCUUAUCCAGUCCGAGAUGUCAACGAGAAAUCAAACAAUGAUUCAGAACAAUUUUUCAUCGGUAUGGUGAAGAGUGUCAACAACGACAAGUCAUGGAUGUCUACCACCUGUCUGUCACCUCAAGUUGCAACAAAAUGCAAUUCCAUGCGUUGAUCAUCCCAGAAAAGUUCCAUUUGGUUUAAAAAAUAAAUUAAAAGAAGAAUUGGAUCGCAUGUCAAAAUUAAAAGUUAUAGAAAAAGUCACAUAUCCAACCGAAUGGGUAAAUUCUGUAGUCGUCACUGUCAAGAAAUCAGGUCAGUUAAGAAUUUGUCUAGAUCCGAGAAAUCUUAAUAGAUAUAUAGUCAGAGAACGCUAUCCUCUUAAAAGCAUAGAUGAAAUUAGGUCAAUAUUAAAUGGUGCUUCAUAUUUUUCUCAUCUUGAUGCUUAUUCAGGGUUUUGGAUGUUAAAACUUGAUGAUGCUAGUUCAGAUCUUUGCACAUUUCAAACUCCUUUUGGUCGUUAUCGAUACUUAAGAUUACCUUAUGGUAUUAAUGCUUCCUCAGAAAUUUUUCAAAGAGUUAUGUCAGAUAUUUUUUCUGAUAUAGAAGGUGUUUUGAUUUUUGUAGAUGAUAUUUUAGUAUUUGGUGAAACAGAACAAAUUCAUAAUCAAAGAUUAUUAAAAGUCAUGCAAAGGGCUAGAGAGGUUAAUUUAAAGUUCAAUAAAAAUAAAUGCAAAUUUUCAGUCAAUGAAAUAUGUUUUUUAGGUUAUAUAUUUAGUAAAGAAGGUGCAAAAGUUGAUCAAAAUAAAGUUAAAGCUAUUCUUGAUAUGCCAGAUCCAACUAAUGUCAAAGAAUUACAGAGAAUAUUAGGAAUGAUUAAUUAUUUAGGACCUUUUAUUGAAAAUUUGUCAGAUAAAACAAAAAUUCUCAGAAAUCUGUUAAAAAAGAAUACUAUAUGGUUAUGGGAUGAAAAUUGUAGUCAAUGUCUUCAGUCAUUAAAGGAGGAAAUAACGAAAUCUCCUAUCUUAGUACAUUACAAUCCGAAUAUACCACUUAUUUUGUCAGUAGAUUCAUCAAAGUCAGCAUUAGGCGCAGUUCUCAUGCAAAAUAAACAACCUAUUGCUUAUAGUUCUAAAACUUUAACAGCUACACAAGAAAGAUAUGCUCAAAUUGAAAAAGAGUUAUUGGCUAUUCAAUUUGGUUGUGAAAAAUUUCAUCAAUAUGUAUAUGGUAAUAAGGUAACCGUACAUACUGAUCAUAAACCGCUAGUCUAUUUGUUUAAAAAACCAUUAAAUGAUGUACCAGCAAGGUUACAAAGAAUGAUGCUUUCAUUGCAAGCUUAUGAUUUAAAUGUUAUUUAUGUACCUGGUAAAGAGAUGUAUAUUUCAGACACACUUUCUAGAGCAGCUUUAAAAGAAAAUUUUAUUCCUAAAUAUGAGUCAGAUUUAUCUUUUCAUGUUAAUUCUUUAUAUUCUAAUUUAGCUAUUAGUCAGGAAUAUAAAAAUAAAAUUUUAAUAGCUACUAAUUCAGAUAAAGACUUGCAAAAAUUAAAAAAAUAUUGUCUAGAGGGAUGGCCUGUCAGUAAAAAUAAAAUGGAUCCUUUAUUAAAGUAUUAUUGGAAUAUUCAAGGUGAAAUACACAUUAUUAAUGAUUUAUUGUUUAAGGGUGAUAAGUUAAUUAUUCCAAAGUCAAUGCAAAGUGAAAUGUUAAGAAAAGUCCAUGAAGGUCAUCAGGGUAUUAACAAAUCUUUAAAUUUAGCUAGAAGUAUUAUUUUUUGGCCAAAUAUGAGCGCAGAUAUAAAAAAUUUAGUUGAUCAAUGUCUUAUUUGUGCUAAAUUCAAACCAAAUAAUCAACAAGAACCUCUUCAAAGCUAUGAUAUUACAAAAUUCCCAUGGCAGCAAGUCGGUAUUGAUUUAAUGUAUUUUAAUAACAAAAAUUACUUAGUAGUUACUGAUUAUUAUUCCAAAUUUAUAGAGUUAGCAAUUUUAAACAGUCAAUACACAGCAUCUAAUAUAAUAAUACAAUUAAAGUCUAUCUUUGCUCGUCACGGUAUACCCAUGAAAUUAGUGUCUGACGGUGGACCUCCGUUUAAUUCUGCUGAAUUUAAAUCUUUUCUAUAUUCUUGGGAUAUUGAACAUAUUAUGACUAGUCCAUAUCACCCGAAGUCUAAUGGUCAAGCUGAAAGUUCUGUUAAAAUUAUGAAAAAUUUAUUAAAAAAAUGUUUAGAGUCAAAUACAGAUCCUUACAUGGCAUUGUUACAAUAUAGGAACACACCUAAAGCUAAUUUUCCAUCGCCAGCUCAAUUAUUAAUGUCUAGAAAUUUAAGAAUGCAUAUACCAAUUACUAAUAAGAAACUUAAACCAAAAAUUGUUACUUUCAAUGAAUAUAAAAAUAAUUUUGAGAAAAAUCGUGCUCGGAGUAAAAUUUACUAUGAUAGAAAUAAGAAACAAUUACCAUUAUUACAGCCAGGAGAUUAUAUAACUUUUAAAAAAAUGCCUAACUCAGAUUGGCUUCCUGGAAAAGUCAUUAAAAGAUUAGAUUGUCAACGUUCAUAUAUAAUAGAAGACGCUGAAGGUAAAAGAUAUAGAAGGAAUAGAUUUUUAAUUAAAUUUAAUUGUAAUGAUAGUUGUCAUAAGUUUGAUGAGAUGCAAUCCAACAAUUCUGAGGAAAGGGAUAGUCAGCAGAGGAACAGGCAGAUGGAUACUAAUAAUAAAGAAUUAGAUAAGAAUAUUAAUUUCCAGGAGAACUGUAAUAAAAGUAGAUCAGGUAGAGUAAUUAAGAAACCAGUUAAGUUGAAUUUGUAAAUUUGUAAUGGUGUUAAUGUGUUAUGUAGUAACUAUUGUUUUCAGUAUAAGUUAAAAGUUUAAAUGUAAACUUUAUUUUAUAAAAAGGGAGAUGUUGUAUAUCCUUAAUUUAUUAUCUGUAAUAUUAUGUCUAUGUUAAGUACUCUAUGAUUAUAUCUAUUGUCUAUGUCUUCUCUUUGUCUUGUUCGUGCGUAAUAUUGUAAUGUCGAGUCAUGUCUUUGAGUCUAAAGUCUAAAUUAAUAAAGUCGUACGUAUCCAGUCAA